AUGGGUACUGUAGUAGAUGAAACUAAUUCCUCUCCAACUUCCAACGGUUUUGUUCCCUUUUCCUUGGAUCCUUCACACCCGUUCUAUAUUCAUCCCUCAGAUAAUCCUGGAAGUCAAUUGGUAUUUGUUCCAUUCAGUGGAUGUGGGUUUGUGUUAUGGCGUAACAGUAUGCUUACUUCCUUUUCUGCAAAGAAUAAACUCAGCCUAUUAGAUGGUAGAGUCAGUCAACCCACUCCUGAAUCUCCUUAUUAUCCAUAUUGGAAAAGGUGCAAUGAUAUGGUUAAAGCUUGGAUAACCAACUCAGUAUCUAGAGAAAUAGCUGUUAGUGUAAUGUGUUUUAAAACUGCUAAGGAAUUCUGGAAAGACAUAAAUGAAAGGCCUACUUGUUCAUGUGGUGCUUUGCCUAAAUUCAUAGAGGACCAACAAUUGUUUCAGUUCCUCAAUGGUCUAAAUGAUUCAUACACAACUGUUAAAAGUGCUAUCAUAUUAAUGAACCCUCUCCCACCAAUCAGCAAAGUUUAUAGUCUUUUACAACAAGAUGAGAGUCAAAGGGAAGCUCACUCUGCUGCUCCUAACCUAUCUGGUGAUGCCACUUCUUUUUUGGUGUCUCCUAGUCCUUCUAAUACAAAUAGAACUUUCAGUCAAAAAGUGAACUUUGAGGCCAAGAAAGUUGCUCUAAAUGUCUCUUGCAAGUAUUGCAAGAAGCCUGGCCACACUGUAGACAAGUGCUACAGACUUCAUGGAUUCCCUGCUGAUUUCAAGUUCACCAAAAGUAAGAGAUAUGCCUCUUGUGUUCAGACUGAAAGUCCAUCAAACACUGCUGUUACUACUACUUCUCAGCAAGCUGAACCUUCAGCACAUGGAUUUACCAAGGAGAAGUAUUAA